AUGGAUGAGUCUACAAACGAGCCAAGGCCGGGAGACGACGCCUUCAAUGGCUUUCAAAUGAGCCUUCCAGAGAACUGCGUUGAAUACAUGCUCUUCGUCAUCGACGGUCAACCUGAAGCCCAACGAACCACACUCUCGAGCCUGGAAACCAUCAGGAAAGUGGCCCUCCAAAGACUUGAUGAGCUCACCAAAGACUACAUAUGGCAACGUGAGCCUUUGAAGCUUGAAACGAAGAUCGAGAAUGGGUUGGUUUACCUUCAUGGCCAUACUGACUACGGUGACAAUGUGGAAGACGAAUGGUUAAUAGUCUACUUCCUUCGUACAUUGAGCCUUUCCUUCCCCAACCUAUGGAUCCGCAUCUUCGACAGCGACGGCGAAUUCCUCCUCAUCGAAGCCGCCAAAGUUCUUCCCAAAUGGCUGAGCCCCGAGAUGGACGCCAACCGCGUAUGGAUCAACUCGGGCCAACUGUGCAUCAUCCCCCUUCUUCCCUCUUCCUCCUCCUCCUCUUCCAAAACCCAGCAACUCUCCCUCCACGAAGCCCUCUCAGUCAUCCGAACCAACCCAACAAUCCUCACCCACUCCCCCUUCAUUGAAGCUGAAGCCUUCUACCGCCUCGAAAAGUACCCCGGACAAAUCAACUCUUCCCUUCACCACGCUCUCGUCAGCAUCCCUCGCAAACUAGCCUACAUCCUCCACGAACGCCCCAAGGCCGUCGCCCCCGCCACCGAAGCUUUCUACCUCCGCGAUCCCGUCAGUCUGAAACCGCUCCUCGCCACUACUUCAGAGAACCUACUAUUCCCACCAACGGACCUUGUGACUAUCAGCGUCCGUCUGACCAAGGUCCUCUACGCCCAGCUCAAAUCGCAGCACUUUGAUCCGCCGCCGGUAUGGAGGGACCACUUCAAAAUCCGGAGCGCGGAGCUUGAAGAGCUAUCGCUGUCUGAAUCAGAGGAGGGCAGGCAGGCCUUGCAAAGGUUGCAAACGCUCGCCAGGUUGGAAUUGGGUAUGAAGCUCACCACGGGCUUUGAGAUCCUUGCUCGCGGCGCUGAGAAGAGCGAUAGUCGCGUGGCGAGGGAGGUGGCGCUACUGCUUGAGGACCUGGCGGAGGACGGGGAGGAGAAUGCGCUACCGAGCGAUGAGGAGAUUAAGAGGUGGAAGGAUGUGGAUAGGGAAGAUGAUGAUGGGUGGAUGGAUAUUGAUUUUGCGGAUUUCGAGAGGGAGUUGGCUGGACAAACCGAGCAGCAGCAGCAACAGCAGAAGGGUAGUACGGAGGGGACCGCUGGUGAAAUGCCGACGUUCGGAGAUGCCACGACACAAGCCGAUCUGCGCAAGAUCGUCUCCCGAUUUGAGGCGUUCCUGAACGACGAAACAGCAGGUCUGGAUGGGGCUGAGAUUGAUGAGAUGGACCAGGAUGAUGACGAUGAAGAUGAGGACUCGGAUAUGGAUACCGACGACAGCGAAGACGAAGACAAGGAAGUGAGUUUCGACGAAGAGCAGUUCUCAAGAAUGAUGAGGGAGAUGAUGGGGAUACCGACGACGACAGGGUCCGAGACCACCGCCUCUCAGAAGCCUGACAUGAAACCCAAAAACAAAGGCAAGGAGAAGGCUUCUUCUUCUUCUGACGAUGAGGACGAGGACGAGGAAAGCAUGGGCAAGGACGAACAAGAAGAACUGGAAGCUCUCAUGGCUCAGAUGCAAAAGGAACUCAACUGGUACGGCGCACUACAGCUGGACCCUCAAAAGCCCAAGACCUCAAAGACCUCUACGAGAGCGUUAAAGGGUGAGGUUCAAGGAGGAUCGUCAAAGGGCGAAACCCAAGAAGUAGUAGCCAAGACCACGGCGGUGGAUGGUGAGAGUGACGAUGAGGAGGAGGAUGAUGGAGAGGAAGAAGGAGAAGGUGAUGAUGUCGACCUGGACUAUAAUCUGGCCAAGAACCUGUUGGAGAGCUUCAAGAGCCAAGCGGGUAUGGCUGGUCCAGCGGGCAACUUGCUCGGAUUGAUGGGCAUGACGUUACCCCGUGAUGAAGAGGAUUCCGAUGGGGAGGGCAAGCCUCGCUAG